AUAUCCGUGACCGCAUUAGAUGUUCUUGAAAUGAUUCUGACUUCAAAAUUCAGAAUAUUGUAAUCUUUACCAAACAUUAGGCCUAUUAGGGUGAUCAAAUCAAGUAAUGUGAGAUGCGGGGCCUAUAGCACCCAAAUUUUAGUCGAAAAAUCAGAAAUGACCACAUGAGAGAAGUAUAAAUGAGGCGGUAUUAUCAAAAUGGCUUAAAACUAUAAUGCCAGAGUAUGAACUGGAUUUAACUGUCUCAGGCCAGUGUCCAGUGUCGGGCUGUUGUGAACACGGUUUUAAAGCCUCGGGUCAUUUCUUGACUAGUUGGGCAUCAGCUUCUCUGCAGAAGGACUAAGAGUUGGUUUCAGUUGAAAUGUAAGAACGUGUACUGUGUGACGCAGACAGUGGAACUGGACGCUGGCUCCAUUCCGCCGGAGAUGCUGGAGCUGAAUGUCACGCGGUGUCGCGGAGAGCUACGCCUGUUGGCCGGCACAUUCUCGCAGGUGUGGGCGUUGCAGCGGGUGCGUCUCAGCGACGUGGAGCGUCUGGUGGUGCGGCGCCACGCAUUCCUCAACCUCUCGGCCCCGCACACGCUGCUCGAGGUCGUCGACUGCGGCAGCGCCGUCGUGGAGACGCACGCCUUCCGGGCCGUCCGCGGUCCUCUCACUGCCGUCAUCUCUCGCUGCGCCCACGUCAUCGUGCAGAACUCUGCCUUCUCCUGGAUCCUCGCCAUCACCGUCAAGGAUGUCCCGCGACUCGAGCUGUUCAAACAAGCCUUCUCCUUCGAGACUCCAACCACGGUCGGGCGCCAUGGACCAGCCGCAAUGGACCACGAUGAACAACAGCUUCUGCUCGUUCAGGUGUUGCUGCAGAACGUGAUCAUGGCAGAACUACCUCAGAGCGCGUUCCCUUCGUCAGCGGCAGAGGUACGACUAGUGGACGCGGAAGUGCGUACAGUUCGACGCGACGCCUUCUGUGCCAACACGCUGUUCUCCGUGGUGUUCCAGAACACGUCUCUACAUCGCGUGGAAGCGGGUGCCUUCAGCGACCGUACUCUCAUCCAGUACUUGGAAAUGUCCGGCGUCAGAAUACGGGUGCUGGCAUCCCAUGCUGUGCAGGCAGCCAUAACCAACCUAACUAUUCAGCAUUCCAGGGUGUCUGAAGUGCUGGAAGGUGCCAUGAACAUAACUGUAGCCAAAGCAACCUUCAAUAAUAAUGUGUUCGAGAAGAUCCUAUCACGAGGAUUUGUUCUGAAGUACUGGAACCGUAUCGUCAUGACCGACAAUACAUUCCAGUGGUUGGAAGCGGAUGCAAUGGACAUGCCAUUCGAGUCACUGCCAGGAGUUAGCACUUACGAAUUCAGUUUUGCGGGUAACGAAGUAGAUCAGUUCAACCCUGGAGCCCUGAGGUUCGCAGUGAAAGCUAUAGAAGGCGGUGCAGGAAUAAGAACAAGGCUAACAGACAACAGAUUUACGCAGAUCUGCCACUGCAACUUGAUCUCGUGGGUGAAAAAAAUGGUGACAUCGGAGAAGGAAGCGCUGGAUGAGAUUUUCAACACCAGCUCGUGCACAGUAGAUUCGGUACUGGCACGGUGUUUCAACGUGCCGCAGGGCUUUGUAAAUAUGAGGAACUACACUGAACUGGUGUGUGGAUCACGAGAGGUGAUAGUGUGUGAAGAGAUGAGUAAGGGUGAGAGUGCUGUGAGUGUGGUGCGGAGCAGUUCUGCAGACAGUAGUGAGGUGGACCACGAAAAGAAAGUGCUGGGAUUAAUUUUCAUAGUGGUGGUGUGUGCAAUGAUCAUCAUCGUUACGAUCACAGGAAUUCUCUGGUUGCGGCGAAAUGGGUACUGCCUGCAGGCAAGGAUAAUACUGCUACCCACCACAACGAGUUGCCUCACCAUGUUCUCGACUUUCUUCCAAGGCAUUGGGACACGGGGUCUUGUAACAGCACGGUCUAUAUCCCGGCUGUCCAUGCACGAGUACACAGAGUUGCAACAGCAACAGAAGCAGAGGCAAGGUUUGCUGGUCAUCGCUGAAGAUAACGUUAGUGAGGGGCAAACUGAACAAGUGGCAUGUGAAGACAGGUGGACUCAGACUCUGCCUGAAGAACUGACUCAGGAACUCCUCCAGUCACUACGAGAGAAACUAGAUGACCCAGAAAAUUACAGUGAAGCGCGAGACAUGAUAGAACAUUUGUAUGAUCUCAUCAAGGUUGAAGAAAGUUGCAACAACAAUAACAUGCCCUCCACGUCACGUAAUGCUGAAUACUACGACGACGAAGACGAUGACAAUCUGUAUGAUGUGAUUCAAGCUCCGUCACCACCGCCACCCAGACUAAGGCAGAACAGGUCGAAAAAGAUUACGACGUGCAGCGUUGGCACGAGAGCACCAUCGCCAGACAAACUUCUGUCUUAUGCACAGGUGAGGAGGAACCGGCAACCAGCGGUAGUCUGCGAGUACGUGGAACCCCGAGACCGUGAACAGCAUCUGUAUGCAGAACUACCUGGAGGAGGUGCCACUACCUUGCCAACCACAAGCUCUGGGUCCAACAAAUCGCCAGCCAGACCACUCAGCUUCUUGCGUGCCCUGGGUGAGAGUAUCUUGCCAAGGGUGUCAGCCACUGUGGGUGGCAGGGUGCAGCAACCAAUUUCUGUUUUAUGUGAAUACACUGAGCCAACAGACACUGCAGUUCAUGUUUACACAGAAGUGCCACCCACAAGCACCAUCAAGUGCUCCAGUAAAAUGGCUAACCGUCCACUUCCCACCAAGCCUGACCAGGACAAUGUCACUUCCAAGGAGAAAGACGAUCCUGGGGAGGGAACUUCUGCCUCCUAAUUUAGCUCAACUGUGAUAUAUACAAGACUUAUUCUUUCCUUUGUAUUUAAAAGACGCUAAGGAUGGGAUAUGAUAUUAUUGUGAUGAAUGCCUUGUGCUGUUCUAAAAUAUGUUAUAUAUAUAUGCUGCAAAGUAAAUGAUAGUCAUUUUAUAAUUUGCAA